GAAAAUCGGAACUUUCCCUUCAUGAUCUACCAUGCACGCAGCCUUGGGAAACCUUGAAGUAAUCCACACGAUCUGUUCAUACACUCAACUGGGGUCACUUCCUGCGUUUGCAUCCGCAUGCCGCACGUUUGAGCGUCUAGCACUUGAUAUUCUUUGGAGGGAUCUGCAGUCCCCGGAGCCUCUUAUUAAAUGUUUACCAAGUGACUUGUUUAGCACUGAUCGAGGACGUAUGGUAUUACAAAAACCUCUUGACGGCAUGAUGUGGGAUACUCUUUGCAAAUACACGUCCCGCGUACACUCAAUCAUUGCAACACAAUCGCGCCGCUUUGAGGCCAUCAUCGAGCCUCUCAGUUCUCUAAUGUUAUCCUUUCCUUCAACACCUGCAUCCUUGUUUCCGAACCUUCGCAAAUUAUCAUGGUCUGCCAAUGGAACCCGCGGCGCUACAGAGUUUUUGCGCAUGGCUUUGGUACCCUCCCUAUUGGUCUUGGACGUGCAAAUUUCUUCAACUUCUAAUGUCUUUCUCUCGGUCCUUUCGUCUGUCGGGGCCUUGUGUCCUCAUCUCCAGGACAUGGCUUUGAGAAUUCGACCUGCAACCGACGAGUUCUUUCGUAAAAUCUCACUCUUCGUCACACCACUUAUUUCCCAGCUCCACCAUCUUCACUCGUUAUCGGUAUGGGAUCCAGGAAAUCAAGGCAUCGAACAUAUUAUGCAGCUACGAGCUCUGCGCUCACUAUGCUUGGACUUGAGGACAUUUUCGACUUCCGAGAGAAAGUCGCGUUUAGAAUUUCCCGGCUUUCAUGAUUUAGAAUUUUUGGGCCUUUCUACCGAUACGUUCGAGCGUGCCUCGAACUUCUUGAGUUCACUUCGGGUCAUAGAAAGCAAAGAGAUCCAGGUUUCUUAUUCCUCCCCAAGUGGAUCCACGACGCUAUCCCAGUUCUUCACCAUUCUCCAAGAGAGAUGCGACACCGACAGACUUGAAGGGUUUACUCUUCUUGGAAAUUCUGGAAAGAUACGCGCAGAACCGGGUGUCUUCAUGCCAUUGCGGGCAUGCCGCAACCUAACUCAGCUGUGUGUCGAGAGGGGUUGUGACAUUUCCAUAUCUGACGAGGAACUCUGCCAGCUGGUGAGAGACUGGCCAAAGCUCGAGGUGCUCAAAAUCAGCUGCUAUAAUCCCGUCGGUAACACCACAAUGCCCACAUUACAUGGGUUAAUCGAAUUACUUCGGCUCUGCCCCGUUCUGACUUCUCUCGCUCUUGUCAUUGACGCUACCAAGCUGGACGGAAUAGAUCUCAAAACUCCCGGCGGUGGAACCUGCAACAAGUAUCUCAAACACCUCGUCUUCGAAAAUUCACCGGUCGAGACACCACUAAAGGUGGCUCUCAUCCUCAGCGGCCUCUUUCCUAACUUGGAGCAGGUCAACCUUGAUUGUCCGGAUACAAUGCAGACAAAAUGGACAAAUAUAAAACAAUGGGCGUUAGUCAACAGUUUCCUUGAUGGCUUUGGCAUUGUACGGAAGCGAUGCACCGAAGUAUGAUGUUGGAUUCAACUUCGUCAGCAUUAGUAUAGAAUUCCUUUCUUCAUCAUCUCGUGUCUCAUAGCAUAUAGUCCCGCAUCGUUUUGUCACUCGCACUCCAGUCGUUGUUCCACAACACUGAGGUAUGUUUUCUUCGUCUCUAGCUAUCACGCCGAGUCUUACGAUAGUACCUUCGGCAUGUCCGUUCCUCAGGUCAGGUACUAUAAUCGAAUUAGUCGACACUGAGCGUGUCCGUUCCUCAGUUCCAAUUAUUUAUGCCGAAUGUUUUUGUGUUGUUUUCAAGUCAUUAUAUGAGUAGUGGUUGAGUUGCGUUGAGG